AUGGACGGCAAAACCUUGCUCGAUAACAUCCCCGAAGGUCUUCCCGAAGACGUGCCAAUCGUGAUGCUGAACCUGCUCCAAUGGAAUGAGAACGCGAACUAUCCUCAGGACAGUUCCCAUCCGCCUUGUACAGGACGAGAAGCAUACUUGCAACGAUACGUGCCAACAUUUAGGCCUAUUGCCGAGAAAUGGGGUGGCUCCACCGUGGUAUACAUAGGCAAACCUGCAGCAACACUAGUUGGACCCGACGAGAAGAAGUUUGAUGUUGUGGCGCUGGUCAAAUAUCCAAACAUAGGUGUCUUUCGCCGGAUCGUCGGCAGCGAUGAAUACAAAACGAAUGCCGCACCGCACCGCAUUGCCGCCUUGAAGGAAUGGCGACUCGUUGUGACGAUUGAGAACCAGGUCUGA